AUGACGCCACGCCCCGGAAAGGUGGAGGUGCCCAUCGCCGGGGAGGUGAUCAGCAGACGGCCGAAAGGAGCCGCAUCCCGCGCCCACUACAAGGCAACUCACAAAGAUGAGGGAGAGGAUGUCAGCCGGGAUCUGCAGAAGAUCGUGCGGCUGGAUGGCCCUGCAAAGAUCAAUUGGCUUUGCAAGGCGCGGAAAAUUCCGCCGGUUGUGAGGCUUGCAACCUUCCCCAGCAACCUGCGCGUGACUAUGGGAUGUGGUGCAAGCGCUCCCGUAGCCAGCGUUGGACGUCCCCUGUACUUCAGCGGGCCGCGCUAUGAUGAGAAGCGUCCACAGGCUCGGCGGAACCCGGAGUCCUACAGAACCCGUAUCGUCACCAUGCUCACAACGGACGAGGGCGACUUCGAAGUGCAGGUGUCCUCGAAGUCCGAGCCAGAGCCAGAGUCCCUGGAGAAAAAGAAGGUUACGUUCGCAUUUGUGUCAGAAGCAGACGACGAGGUGGAGUUUAUGCAGGAGCUGCCGAAGAAGAGAGUGACCUUCUCUGUGGUGGUGGACACUCACUUCUUCAGGGACGAGGACGCUCCGCCGGCCAGGCCUGUGCAGGUUUCGGUCGCCUGGGGCGAUUCCGGGUGCAUGGCUCCUAUGCCGCCGCGAAAGGUUCUGCCACGAGUCCCGAAUCAGCCAGAGACGGAAGAGAUGCAGGAUAUGCAUCCUUUCUCCCACGGCUUACGCGAGCUUCCUGUGCUGUGCACAGAAUGCACGGAGGCCUGA